GUGACAAGCACUGUGGCAGCCAACUGCGAGCAUCACUGCAUCCUCUGUCGGCUCGGGUUUCAUCCGCAAAAUCCCCCCAAAACCCCGACCGCACGCUCGCUCACCGGCGAAGCUCGUGACUCCUCCGUGCGAUGGCCGCCGCCGCGCCCGCGCUUCCCACCUUCCUCCGGCCGCGGCCGCGGCCGCCCCCGCCUUUCCCCUCCUCCACGCCGCCUCUCCACCGACGCCGCCCCCCUCCGUCUCGUCUGCACCCUGCCCGUCCCGCCGUGCCCCUCUCCCCCGUCUCAGCUGUGGAGAAGACGAAGGGUGCCGCUGCGGCAGCCGACGAGGUCCAGCUGGAGGGGAUGCCUUCCGAGUUCUACGACGAGGAGUGGCAAGCCAAUCAGCGGGAGAGGACUAAGGAAUGGCAUGCAUAUCGUCAGAAAGAGGAAGCCGAGGAGGAAGCAAAAUCAAGUGAAUACCGAGAGAUUGGGAUGCGUAUGAAAGCAUACCCACAGGAAGAAGUUUGUAAAGCUAGGGUUUUAGUUUCAAGUUUCAUAAGAGCUGGUGAAGAUGUUGAGAAGGUAAUUGAGAAGGCUGCUGAAAGAGGAGAGCUUACCGAGCUUGUUCUCAUGGUCAUUUGGAAUCGACUUGAUGUUGCUCGGCGUGAUGAUGAGAAAGAUGCCAUCAGAAGCCUUGAUCUCUUGUACAGAAGGGUAGAGACUGAGAUUUUAAGAAGUGAAGCAACUCCCGCCAUGAGAUUACUUGAUGAACUUCUGAAUAUUCAUGAUGGCUCUGACGAUGACAAAUGGCUAAAGGCAUGUAGAAAGCACAUGAUUGAAAAUUUUCCAAGAGAGGACCCAUUCACCAUGGUCUUUCCUCCUGGAUUCGACAUGGAAAAACAUGAUGGGCAGAUCAAGCUGCCUCCCCAGGACGAUGAUGUGCUUCUGAGAGUUGACUUUGUGAGGGAAGUCGAUGAGCUGCUGAAAGAAGUUGAAGCUGAGCAAGAAAAGAGUAAGCUGCACACUGGAUACGACCCGGAGUCUGUUGCGACCAUGUUGAAACAGCAAGAGAAGCUGCGGACUAUACGUCAAGUGGAAGCUCUCUUGGAGUUGGCAGCCACCCUGAAAUGGUGAGGACUGAACAGUAUCGUUUACUCUCUUCUGCGUAGACCCUAGAAGGCAUCGACUUGCCUGGAUGGUUCCACUAGCUGUUUCUUUGUGGUUUCUGCUAGUUAGAGCUUAGAAACUGUUAACUAUUCAGAGUAGAGACAUGCCAUUCCUCUUCCGCAAAAAAGAAAUAUGUAUACAUUAUAUGCGUGGAGAACUGGAGAUACGUAGUGAUGUACAUUUGCACCAUUGAUAGUGGGUUCCUUGCAACUGGA